AUGGAAGGGGCCCCCAAAAUUGCUUUGCCCCAAGCCCCCUGAAUCCUCUGGGUGGCCCUGGAGAAAUCCCAGACAGUGACUGUAAACAGUUCAGUCAAUGAGCACAGAGAUGAAAGGGCAGACGGGAGAUGGGGUGAUAGCUAGAGAAGCAAGAGGAGUCAUGGAUUUUUUUUUUAAUAUGGGAGCAACUAAAGCAUAUUUAUAGUACAAGGGAAAAGAGCGAAGGGAGAGUGAGAGGUUAAAAAGACCAGAGUAAGGGAGGGGAUGAGAGUAGGCAUGCCAGAAGAUGGGAUGGGGUCACUGGAACAAGUGGAAGGGUUAGAGGAGGUGAGUAGAUGAGAAACGUCUGCAUCUGUGUUGGGAAGAAGGAGGAGAGCAUUGCAGGGGGAAAGAGGGAAUGGAGGAUAAGCUGAUGGGAAAAUUUUGUCAAUUCUUCUCUUGGAAGCAAUCAGCAAGGUCCUGUGCAGAGAGAAAAGAGGAAGGUGGAGUAUUGAAUCAAAGGUGGCAAAAAGUCAGCUGAGAUUAUGGUAUGGAAUUCACUUGAGGACUUAUGGGGCUUUAGUGUGCAGCAAGCUGGGGUGUGAAUCUACAGCGCAUCAGCCUGCUGAGCACUAAAUGGCCAUGUGGACACGGCUGCAACACAUUAAAAGUUCUGUAGUGUGCUUUGAGCACUAGAUAGAAGUGCACAGCAGUGGUGGGGUCAACAUGGCUUAUUUUAAGCCAUUUGAGUGAGGCCUGGUUACAGAAACUGCUAUUUUCUUGUUUUUUGCAAACUUUUAAUUUUUCUGCUCGAGUACGCUGUAUAUUACUAGGCUAUGAGUCAGCUCUGUUACCAGGAGGUGACUUUUCAUUCGGCUAAAAUUAUAAAACUUCAAUGUUGCCAGUAAGUCUUUGGAUGUUUUUUUAAAAGUGCUGAAAGUGAAAAUAUGUGUGCCUGGAAGUGAGUGAAAAAUAGCAGUGAUGGCCACUAAGUCAUGUAUCAUGCACAGACUCUGGAGGGACCUAGAGGAACGCGAUCAUUGAUACCCAUGGCUGACACCCCGGGUGGGUGAAAACUGCAUUUGUGGAGUCAUCUCCUGUUCUUUUUAUAUCAAUGGAAGGACAGCUGUGCUUGGUGAUGUAUAGUAUCACUGAACUGCCAGGAGACCAGACCAUUUCUAGAUCACUGAAAGGUCAAAUUGCCCACUCCUUAACUCUGAUUGAACUAUGUUUUUGAGGUCUGUAUGAGGUCUGUAAUCCAUUGAUUUGCUUGGAAAAUCUCUAGAGAGGUGCCAUGGGGCAGAAAAAGCCAGAACUUGUAACCUUAAAGACUCAGGUAAACAUGGAGGAAGCUAUGAUCCUUGGGCCACCAUAACCCAAGACGACUUUGCUCCCUCUCAUCCUGAGGCUGGCUGAAGGAAGGAGGAGAUCAAGGCUUCACAGGUCAUGUCAACCUGUUUUGCCAAGAGCCCAAGAAGCCGGCUGGCAUGUGGUACUGACCAAACAACAUCACCUGCAGUCCUGGCCUUAAAGCUAAAGAGCACGCAAACUGAAGAGCUAAAUUUCUCUUUAACUGUAUCUUUUUUUUUAGGUGGCGAUGUCCAUUAUAUUACUGAUUUUUUUCCUACAUCUUUUCAGGGGUGAAUAAGAGUUCAUCAAGAUGGAAGUUGAAGUCACUGAGGCUGAGUGUGAGAGACUGUGAAGAGAGAGCCAGAAGUCAACAUCAGAGAAGAAGGCUGUCAGGAAGAGGAGCUGCCUUUCCUGGGUCUGGAGCUGGCUGGUUUGCAGCUAGGGAGUAAUCAGGUGCCAUGUCUUUAGCUGGGGUGAGCUGUCUGGUGACAGGAGCAGGGGGAUUUCUUGGCCAGAGAAUUGUCCGCUUACUGCUGGAGGAAGAGAAGGAGCUGGCUGAGAUCCGAACCCUGGACAAAGCCUUUAGCUACGAGGCACGCAGGAAUUUUACAAAUUUCAAGGGUCAGACUGUGGUGAAGAUGCUGGAAGGGGACAUCCGGGAUGCUACGUUCUUGGACAGCGCCUGCCAGGGUGUCUCCCUUGUCAUCCAUACAGCAUCCAUCAUUGACACCUUGGGCCUUGUAGAGAAGCAGCUGCUCUGGGAAGUCAAUGUAACGGGUACCCAGCUACUGCUGGAUGCCUGUGUCCGCAGUAAUGUCCAGCACUUCGUCUACACCAGUACCAUAGAAGUGACAGGCCCAAACUGCAGAGGGGACCCCAUUUGCAAUGGGGAUGAAGAUACAGCCUACGAGAGCACAUCAGGAUUUCCUUAUGCCCAGAGUAAGAGACUGGCAGAGACGUCUGUGCUGAAGGCAAACGGCCAGGCACUGAAGGAUGGUGGCAUCUUCCUGACAUGUGCCUUGAGAUCCAUGUACAUCUUUGGAGAAGAAUGCCCGUUUCUCCAGAAUCACCUGGAUAAAAGCCUCUUGAACAAAAAUGUCUACCUGCGGAUUUCUAGGAAGGAGGCACUGGUGAAUCCUGUAUACGUGGGAAACAUUGCAUGGGCUCACAUCCAGGUGGCAAAAGCUCUGAGGAACCCGGAAAAAGCCAAGCACAUCAAAGGGCACUUCUACUACAUCUCUGAUGACACUCCUCAUAUGAGCUAUGCCGACCUAAAUUAUGAGCUGACCAAGGAGCUAGGGUUUGGGAUUGAGCCCCACCUGCCCAUGCCGCUGAUGAUGCUGUACUACUUUGCACUACUGCUGGAGGUUGUGAGCUUCCUGCUUAGGCCCUUUGUCAAAUACAUCCCCUCCACCAACCGUCACCUUGUAAUCUUGCUGAACACGCAGUUCACAUUCUCCUACAGGAAGGCAUGGCAGGAUUUUGGCUACGUGCCCCGCUACAAAUGGAAAGAAGCCAAGCAGCGCACCAGCCAGUGGAUUGCCUCAGUGAUUCCGCAAAGGAGGGAGUACCUGAAAAACAAGGCUGCCUAAGCCUGAGAGAAGCUGAAGCAUGGCAAGACAAGCAGGCCCAUGAGCCACAGGUGAGCUGGAGGAAUUGCAGUAAAAGACGACAACAAAGCAUUGAAAUGUGAAAUCUGUGUAAUGAAAAAUGGGAAUGAAUAAAGAAUAUGAAACUCUUCA